UAAUACGCGAACAGGAAAACGACGGACGACAAUCGACGACGACGCACCCUCUCUCCCACCCGACGUACUUCCCACCCACCCCAGCAACACAGGGCCAUUCAGACAUCAUGGCUUCCGUCCCGAGUGUGCAAUGCUUCGGCAAGAAGAAGACGGCCACCGCUGUCGCCCACUGCAAGCAAGGCAAGGGUCUCAUCAAGGUCAACGGCCAGCCCCUCUCUCUGGUCCAGCCUGAGAUCCUCCGCUUCAAGGUCUACGAGCCCCUCCUGAUCGUCGGUGCCGACAAGUUCGCCGGCGUCGACAUCCGCGUCCGCGUCACCGGUGGUGGUCACACCUCCCAGGUCUACGCCAUCCGCCAGGCUAUCGCCAAGUCCAUCGUCGCCUACUACCAGAAGUACGUCGACGAGCACUCCAAGAACCAGCUCAAGCAGGCUCUUGUCCAGUACGACCGCACACUCCUCGUCGCCGACAACCGUCGCACGGAGCCCAAGAAGUUCGGUGGUCGCGGUGCUCGUUCCCGCUACCAGAAGUCCUACCGUUAAACGGCUCCCCAAUUCUUCUCGGUAUUCUUUUGCCUGUUUAUAUUCACUUUUUCUUCCGCUUCCGUGGCUGCUUCUCUUUUCUUGUCACGAAUCCAGGAACAAGUGGGCUCGGUCCGGAGAGAAGUGUUUUUCAAAAAAGUUGUUUGCUUCUUCCGCCCCCUCUCUCCAUUUUCUGAUCUCUUCAGGCAUGGGCGCGGGCUGGUAGACGGGUAAAAAGGAUACGCAGAAUGGUGUCGUCUUAACGGUUUGUACUCUGGGGUGGAGAGAGAUCUGGUGCGGUGUGGUCCCAUGUCCGCCACUGGACAAUUCGAUCAUAGAGGAAGGUCUGGGUUGUCACAGUGGUUGUAUGGAUUGAAACGGUGCAAUGCUGGCUCUGAAAUUAGUAUAGGCCAGGAUUAUCUGAAAUAUCACCC